AUGAUAAACGUAUUCAAUAUGAACAAGUUAUAUGUAGUUGUGUUAUUUUUUGCAAUUCUGCAAUGUGUAUUAUGUGAACCUUUAGUAAAAGUGACCCAAGGAAUGCUGAGAGGCAAAGAGUACGUCACCGAUGAUGGUCAAUGUUACCAUGCUUACAAAGGGAUACCGUAUGCGAAAGCACCGUUAGGACAUUUGAGGUUCAAGGCACCUCAAGAACCGGAAUCAUGGUUCGGUGUGCGUAAGGCCUUUACCGAGGGCAACAUUUGCAAGCAAUAUGACCUGUCUACCGGCGAAAAAAAAAUUGCAGGCGAUGAAGACUGUCUAUAUUUAAACGUAUACACGCCUAAAACUUACAAGAAAACUCAGGCUGACUUACCAGUGAUGGUGUGGCUUCAUGGAGGAGGAUUUUUAAGCGGUUCUGGAAAUUCAGAUACUUUUGGCCCUGACUGGUUGGUUGCUCGUAAUAUGGUUGUGGUGACCCUAAAUUAUCGACUGGGGCCUUUUGGGUUUCUCAACUUGGGAAUUGAAGAUGCCCCUGGAAAUAUGGGAUUGAAAGAUCAAGUUGCAGCUCUCCAAUGGGUCCAAGAUAAUAUAGAUGGUUUUGGAGGAGAUCCUAAAAAUGUAACAUUAGCUGGGUCUAGUGCAGGUGCAGCAAGUGUAAAUUAUUUAGUUUUAUCGGAAAAUACGAAAGAUUUAUUCCAAAAGGCUGCUAUAUUAGGAGGAAGCGCUCUCAAUCCGUGGGCAGUUGACCAUAAUCCAAAAGAGAAUGCAUAUAAACUUUCUGAAGCUUUGGGCCACAUUGCCUCCUCUGAAAACGACGCUUUGGACUUCCUCAAAUCAGCUUCUGCUGAUGAUGUCAUUCAAGCAGUAGGAAGUCCACCUUGGUCAACAGUCGUUGCUGAUGAAAAUCAUUUGAUUGGCAACAUUACAUUUGUCCCGAGUAUAGAAAAAGAAUUGGCUGGUGAAAAAUCAAUAAUUACAUCCGCCGUUAAGGAUAUUAUAAAAUCAGGAAACUUCCAGCACGUCCCAAUGCUCUUUGGAUUUGCUGAUGGUGAAGGAAUUUUAGCAUACAAAGACGCUAAAUUAGAUCCAGUAACUUAUGGACUCAAAGACGUAGAUUUCGGUUGGUAUGUACCAAAAGAACUUUGCUUGACAGAAAAUACAGAAAAAUUUCAUGAUGUGGCUGAGAUGAUAAAAUUUUUUUAUUGCGGAGAAGAUGUUUGCGCUGAUUUCGACGUGGACACAUUCAUGAGAAUUAAAGGUGACACGUGGAUUAUCAGGGGAAUUGAUAAUAUGGUGAAUCUUUUGGCACACCAUUCUUCGCAACCAAUUUACUAUUAUGAGUUUGCAUUUGAUGAAUUUGGAGUAUUGAGAGACUUUUAUGGAGAUACAAAUAUAAAAGGAGCAUGUCAUGCAGAUGAUCGCAGCUUUUUCUUCAAGAAUAAAAAUAUUGUUCUUCCCAAGGAUGUUAACGAAAAUGUGAACAAAACUCACCAAAGAUUCAUGGAAAUAAUUUCUAAUUUCAUAAAUACAGGGAAUCCCACAUAUCACAAAACAGAAGAAUUGCCUAUUGAUUGGCAACCUGUCAGCAAAGACACCACGUAUUAUUUAUCUAUAGGCAAAGAUCUGGAAUUAAAAACAAAUCCAAAAGCUGAAUCAUUAACAUUCUGGAGGAACUUGAUUGUAAAUGAGACAGAUUUCUCUGUGGACGUAGCAAAUCCUCGUGUUCAAAUAUGUCAAGGAGUGCUGGAAGGAUAUUCUUCAGUGACAGAAGAUGGAACAACCUUUUAUUCCUUUCAAGGAAUUCCAUAUGCCACACCGCCUGUUGGGAACUUAAGAUUUCAAAAUCCAUUACCACCAACACCAUGGGAAGGAGUAUUUGAAGCAAAAGAAGAAGGAAAUGUGUGCAAACAGUUUCACUUGCUAACAAGAGAACUAACAGGCAGUGAAGAUUGCCUCUUCUUGAAUGUUUACACUCCAAAACUUCCUAAUAACCAACUCGAUGCUGACGAAAAGUUGCCAGUAAUGAUGUGGAUUCAUGGAGGAGGCUUUCAAGCUGGUUCUGGAAAUACUGUGAUUUACGGUCCUGAUUGGUUUGUUGAUCAAAAUGUUAUUUUGGUUACAAUUAAUUACCGUUGCGGAGUUAUGGGCUUCCUGAAUUUGAAUUUACCAGAAGCUCCAGGAAAUGCUGGCUUGAAAGAUCAAGUGGCAGCUCUGAAAUGGAUUCAACAGAACAUCAGCCAAUUUGGAGGUGAUCCAAGUAAUGUAACAAUAUUUGGACAAUCAGCAGGUGGAGCAAGUGUAAAUUAUUUGAUGUUAUCCGAUUCAACUAAAGGAUUGUUCCAUAAAGCUAUAGCAAUGAGUGGAUCAGCUCUAAAUCCUUGGGCUCAUCAACUUAAUCCAGAAGAGAAUGCUUUAAAACUUUGCAGAGCAUUAGGAUUCAAUCCCGAGAAUAACAAAACCGCAUUGGAAUUUCUUCGACUUGUACCCGAAGAUAAAUUAUAUAAUACCAUUGGAAAACAUCCAAACACCACUGUGACACAAGAAGACAGUUUUGCUUUCAGAGAUAUCAUUUUUCUACCAUCAGUUGAACAGAAGUUUUCCCAACAAGAAUCACUUUUAGAUGAACCUGCAUUAGACAGAAUGGCUAAUGGAAAAUUUCAAAAUGUUCCUUUAAUGACUGGAUAUACCAGUAAAGAAGGACUAUUUGUCUUCAGGGAUGCUUCGGAUGAGCCUGUCUUGUUCGGUUUGAAAGAUAUAGAUUUUACCAGAUAUAUUCCUAGGGAGUUAAGCUCCAAACCUGAUUUUGAUAAACACCUUGAAGUAGCUGCAAAAAUUAAAGAAUUUUAUUACUCCAAUCGCCAAAUAGAUGAAACCAAUAUCGAUGAUUUUGUGAGUAUCAAAAGUGAUCUUUGGUUCAACCGAGGUGUCGAUACCAUGGUUCGAGAAAUUUCCAAAAAAUCCAAACAACCAGUGUACUAUUAUGAGUUCAAAUUUGACGAAUUCAGUAUUACAAAACUGGUUAAUCAUGAUAUGGAAUAUGCAGGAGCUACUCAUGGAGAAGAUUUGGGAUAUUUGUUCAAACAUAAACUAGUUGAGUUGCCUCGAGAAGAGGAAUCAAUUGAGAAAACUAGAAAAUCUCUACUAAAAUUAUAUGUCAACUUUGCUAAAACUGGAAAUCCUACGCCUGAUAAUUCAUUGUCAGUAAUUUGGAAACCAGUAACGAAUAAAAAUUUAUAUUACCUUGAGAUAGACAAAGAAUUAAAACUGCUUGAAAAUCCUAAGAAAGAGGCAAUGCAUUUUUGGAGGGAGUUAAUAGACCAGUACAAAUAA